AUGCAAAGCAACUUGCAACCCGCCGUUCUUUUUAAUAAAAAUCUUUCAGACGACUGGCAAAAAGUGUCUGAUGAAAUGAAAAAAAAUAUUGAAGCUACACCUGGAACUCCUGGGGACAUCACUUUUCCAAAACCAAAUAUUACAUUCCUGUGCUUUUCUCAUGAGCAUUGGGACUGUUUAAGAAAUGAGAGAGAGAAAAACAUGAUCAUUCAAAAUUUGACGGAUAGGAUUCAAAGAACAAAGCAACGACACGCUAAAGCGGUAUUACUGAUAUAUCUUGAUUCUUCAAAUAUACAACCUUUAUAUGAAAUACAAGCCAGACUAUUGCUCGGAUGCGUUAGCAUCAACAUACUUCCUGUGCAUAAUCCAAAAGAGGCAGUUAACGUGAUUGAUAUAAUUGCUACGGGAGUAUUUCCGGAUAAGCAACCACCAAUUGCUCAGCAACUAAUCAUGGAACAAAAUCAAUGUAUUAACAACCCUGCAAGUUUGACAGCUGCAAACAAAUGGGUUCAUCUUGUCUUACAAAUGUCAGCAGGAACUAGAAAUCUCCGAUUGCAUGAGUGUUAUUUUCUUCAAGAAGGACUUCAAACCAUACAUAAUAUGGCUACAGCGACCUUGCCACAAUUAUUAGAUUGUUCAUUGGAUAGUGAAACUGCACAGGAUGUGAUAAAGUUUUUCGAGGAAGACUAUGUCGCCUAA